CAAUCAAUGAUCGGGCUCUUCAUCCUUCAUCCGGAGCAAAAGGCCCUAGCCGGUGCGACGCUGCAUUGGAGAACGUUGAUUUCCUGGGUUCUGCUCCGGCUUGCCUUGCUGCUCUAGCAUUGGGAUCUGCAUCCUGUGACGGGCUCGCCGAUUUUUUUUUGUGCCUUCUGAAGAACCACUUCGCCUGCCAACGGCUUUGCUAUAAGGAAUACGGAACACAGCACUUUCGCCUGCGUGGAGUGGUCUCGCGGCUUCCAGAACCUCCUGCCUUCUGUUAUCGGAACUCCAUCUAGGCUUUCGCUGGCCAAUCAGAUCGCCCCGUUCCCUCAAGAUAGGUAGAGAUGCGGAGCGUGGGCUCUUCGCUCAGCCCAUUCCUCACAAGCCGAAGUCGAAUUGGGACACAGGGAGAUCGAGAUCCCGCUUCCGGCCCAAUCCCCGCCGGCGUUGGCAUCUCAAAAAGCGGCAUGCCACGGUGGAAUCUGUGGUUUUGCGACUGCAGCUGAAUUUGGGAUUCCAUCAAGAGUUUUUCCGGAAGCUGUGCGCCUAGAGGACGACCCUGCCUCGGUUUUGAACGCGCGGCCGGCCAAGCACCAACAAACUGAGUUCUUCACACCUCCUGCGCCGGCUCGGCCUCGGAACGACCGCUGCUGCGCGGCCCCGGCCCCGUCAUCCGAGUCCACCCACGGCUUUUGCGCUUGACGGCCACCCCACUCCGACUGGCGGCUCAAAUAAAAGCAGGCCAGGCAACCCCCCCUCCCCACGCCGUUCCACCACACAUGUCAGGCCACAGGUAGACCGAAGCCCCCAGCCAUCCCCCCUCUCCCCCUCCGCCUGCUCGGCACCGGCACGAUGUCCGGCCACGCCGACAGCUCCGACCCGGUCACGCCGGCCGAUGAGGUCCUCCCCACGAGCAACCCUGCCUCGCCGGGCUCCGUCGACGACUCCUCCCAGGCCAGCACGCCGCUCGACCCGCCGAGUGCGAGCUCCGAUGCGGCACCCAGUUUCUCCCCCGCCGGCGAGCUUCCCCGCCGGAUCCCCUCCUUGAGAACAGUGUCAGACCCCGACCACUCCAGCCAUAUGAGCCCGAGUUCCAGCGUUAGCGGGCUGUUGAGCACGGUCAGGAGACCGACGCCCAGCGCGGCUGGCCUGCCGUCAGAUAUCAUGCAGAGGGCACGAGCCUUGCAGGAACAGCGCAUGAACAUGGGCGCCCGCACAUCCGGCUCGCCCGCUGGCAUGAACAUGAACAUGAACACGAACACGAACAGGGGAGCGCCCGUCGGCGGCGGGCUAGCAGGCGGCGUGGCGCCGAACCUCAGGUUACCAGCCGGCUUAACACGCCCCAUGCACCCCGGGUUUCCCAAGUCGUCCCCCGCCGUCCCAGGCACAAGGAAACCUCCAAGCCUGAGCGAGAGGAGAGCCAUGAAGCUUGGCAACCUAUCAGGAACAGGAACUCCCUCGCCUGUGGGCACGCCGAAACUGCCAGAUCUUGGCGCCGACGCAGCACAGCCGCCAGCGCUGAACGGCGAAGGGCGCGGUUCCAAGCUCAGCGACUUUAAGAACUAUAUUGACGCAGACAAGGGCUGGAUCACGUUCGAGGGAGCUGCGACCAUCACGCAGACGGGGGUCAACUUCGCCAACGGCCAGACUUUCUCCAUCUCCUUAGACGAGAUCGAAGUGCUCGACGAGCUCGGCAAGGGCAACUACGGGACCGUCUACAAGGUCAGGCACGCGCGGCCCAAAGUGCCGCGGUUUGGCCACGGGUUGAGCAAGGUUAAGGCAUCGGCCGCGACCGAAACGGAGAAUACCAGCGAGGACCCAUCACCAAGCUCGACCGGGAGCAGCGGGCGGGCGACUUCCGGGGUUGUCAUGGCCAUGAAAGAGAUCCGGCUCGAGCUCGACGAGGCCAAGUUCACCACGAUCCUAAAGGAGCUCGUCAUCCUCCACGAGUGCGUUUCCCCGUAUAUCAUCGACUUUUAUGGCGCCUUCUACCAGGAGGGCGCCGUCUACAUGUGCAUCGAGUACAUGGACGGCGGCAGCAUCGACAAGCUGUACGCCGGCGGCAUCCCGGAGAAUGUCCUGCGCAAGAUCACCUUCGCCACCGUCAUGGGCCUCAAGACGCUCAAGGACGACCACAACAUCAUCCACCGCGACGUCAAGCCGACCAACAUCCUAGUCAACACCAGCGGACAGGUCAAGAUCUGCGACUUUGGCGUGUCGGGCAACUUGGUGGCCAGCAUCGCCAAGACCAACAUCGGCUGCCAGAGCUAUAUGGCGCCCGAGCGCAUCAGCGGCGGCGCGCUGGCCGCGGGCGCCGCGGGUGCCGCCGACGGGACGUACAACGUGCAGAGCGACAUCUGGAGCUUGGGUCUGACCAUCAUCGAGUGCGCCAUGGGGAGGUAUCCGUACCCGCCCGAAGUGUCGAGCACCAUCUUCAGCCAGCUCAGCGCCAUCGUAGAAGGCGACCCGCCGGACCUGCCGGCAGAGGGCUACUCGCCGCAGGCGCGCGACUUUGUCCGCUCGUGCCUCAACAAGAACCCCAAGAAGCGGCACACGUACGCGAUGCUGCUCGCGCACCCGUGGAUCAAGAGCCUGGGCAAGCCCGAGACGAUCGCGGAGGAUGCCGAGGCCGAGGCGGCGGCGGCCGACGACGAGCUCGCCGACGCGGCCGGCCAGCUGAGCCUCAGCAACCCGUCGGGCCUCGUCGGCGAGGGCGACUACGAGGUCGCCGCCUGGGUGCGCGGCGUGCUCGAGCGCAAGAGGGCCGCCGGCGGCCGGCUGCCCAUGGAGGAGGACCCGCCCAGGAGGCCGGCCCUGCAUGCCGCCCCGCUCGACUCGGUCAGUCCGGUCUCGAGUCCGAUGCUUGGGCAUUGAUGUUUUUUACCUCAGGAGUUUGUUUUUAGCACCGCAGGGGCGCGGUGCUGGGCCGGUACCUAUACUAGAAAGUUUUUCUUUACUAUGAUCGGGAUCGUCGGCGGUAUCGAGACCGGAAGGAGAGAGUGUUCCUUUUGUGGUGUGUGUUUCCUUCUUAUGAACGGCAAGCUGCAGGGGUUGUUAUUCCUGGUGGAUAAACACCGGCUUGCUGUUCCGUCGCAACAUGCCGUCUCCCAAGACGGCCAUCUCGAAUUCUCAUGGUCUCUCCUCCGUGGGCCACUGCGAUCCUCUUUAAUAUCAUUUAUGUGUGCGUGGCUCUCUCCUAAUGCUGUAAAAUGGUCCCACACAGUUUGUUUGGGGCGUCAUCUCGGUAUGGCCAGCGUGGAGGCCACGAGGCGAAGCCAAGGGAGAAUUAAUCGAGUCGGGGGGGGAAGCCAGUUGAGUUCCAGGGGCUGAUACCGGGUUUGGAGGUUGGAAUGGUUCAUACCAGUCCCGGAGAAGCAAGGUGGUCCUAAUGGGUGUGAAAGUAAAAGGAAAAGAAUGUAUCAACUCUGCUCCCUGGCUAUUACAAUUAUUACCAAAAAAGCUGAGAAAAGUUUGACAAGUA